AUGACAAGACAACACACCUUUAACAGCCUCCCCGCUCAUGAAACGUUUCCCAACCCAACCUCGACAGUACCCUGCUGGCGAACCGAACUCCAUCCACUUGACAACUAUCGCUCCACAGAAGAAUUACCAUCGACCUCGGACAUUGUCAUCAUCGGAGCUGGCAUGACAGGUAUCUCAAUUGCCUAUCAUCUUCUUCAAGAAACCUCGCCAGAGUCAGCACCUUCAAUCACCAUCCUCGAAGCACGGCAGGUCUGUUCCGGCGCCACUGGUCGAAACGGAGGGCAUCUCAAACUGGCGUCGUGGAUCGUCAAGGACAAACUGGAGCAAUGGAGCGUCGAGGCCUCAAGAGAACUCAUCAGAUCUCACCUCGCGCACAUCAUGGCGCUGAAAAAUGUGAUUGAGAAGGAAGAGAUUGAUUGCGAUUUUCUCGUGACUCGCUCUUUCGACGUCUUCAUGGAUUCCGGUGAGGCUCGACAAAGUGAAGGCAACUUACGCAUGUACAAGGAUAUGGCGAUGGACGAGCUCGAGCACGUUGAUCUCUUGGGACCCAAGUAUCUCGAAGCGGUCACUGGAGUCGCAAAUUCCAAAGGCGCAUUUUCUGUCCCAGCUGCGCAGCUUUGGCCAUACAAAUUCGUCACGGGCCUUCUGAACACGUUCAUCGACCGCGAAAACGUGAACCUUCAGACCACGACACAGGUCACGUCCAUCUCCGACCACCAGGACCCCAACGGCUUCUUCCGUAUCGAAACGUCCGGUCGAGGCACAAUACUCGCGCGUAAAGUCGUCUAUGCGACAAACGCAUACACUGCAGGCAUAUUACCCAUGUACCACGACACCAUAGUUCCCGUGCGCGGGACCGGAGCGCACAUUGUGCCGCUCCGUACGAGCAAAGAUCCCACGCUGGCGCUGCAACGCCGGGUCAACACUUACACGUAUAACAUUUUCCACCGGCGCGGACAGGUUGACCAUCUCGUCCACAGGCCUGACGGCGGCGUCGUUAUAGGUGGCGCAAGGGUUCUUUUCAUCGACGAUCCUGAACAGUGGAGCGGUGUGGUCGAUGAUGGGUCUCUGAUCCUACAAGAGCAAGUGACACCUUAUUUUGAGCGUGUCAUGACAGAACAUUACCAAGAUUGGAGGGAGUCGGGAGCCAAAGUUGACAAGCUGUGGACGGGCAUCAUGGGAUACACGACCGACGGUGCCGCUCACGUAGGAAACGUGCCGGGUCGUAAAGACCAGUAUGUAUGCGCCGGAUUUAAUGGUGCUGGAAUGGUGUAUAUCUUCCUCACAGCCAGAGGCAUCGCACGCAUGAUGCUGGGAACGGCUAACUUCGAAGAUAGUGGGAUUCCGCGAGUAUUCAAGGCCACGAGGGAAAGGCUGGAGAAGCAGUAG